CGGGAGUCCAACGGCAGAAUGGGAGGAACGCGCCUGCGCCAGGGCGCCGCUCGGGUUCUCGGCUCAGCCGUAGCCGUUCUCGGUGGGUGCACCUGCUGGCAUCGGUCGUUCGAGACUGAUUCUUCCCUAGGGUCUGAUUGAAGAAUCCCGACUCUUCUCACACCCUAAGAGGAGAAAAGACUGGGAGAAAGAGCAGGCGUAACCCAGUUCAAAUUAAGGAAACCUAUAUCCUGCUUCUUUCUGUGAGCAGCGCCUGACUGUGCAGGAGAUCAGUCAUGCAGCCGCAGCCCCAGGCGGUCCCGUCAGGCGUGGUCGGGCCACCUCCAGCUAGGAACCCUCAGGGCAUGUUCUGGUCCAGCAGCCGGUAUAGGAGACAGGCAAAUAAUCACGCCCCGGUGGCCCCGGUCACUUGCCCACUGCAGCCGGUGACAGAUCCUUUUGCUUUCAGUAGACAGGCGCUCCAGAAUACGUCUUUGGACAGUUCGUCUAAAAGUAGCCCAUCAAUUUUGCAAGGCCCGGCCCAACCGUCGUUUCUUCAGCAUGCUGGUCUGCCUGUGCCCCACACAAAUGCCAGGGAUAGCUCCCGGGGGCCCUGCGAACCUCUGCCUGGACCUCUGUCACAGCCCCGGGCAGAUUCCAGCCCGUUUCCUGGCCUCUUGACGCCCUCAAUGCCACCUGGGCCAGACAGGAGCAGGAGUGCCGAGGUCACUCCCAGCUCCAACCCCGAAGUUCAGCCUCUGCUGUGUCCUUCUCAGUACAUUCCAGGAGCGGGUCCUGACAGCUCUCACGGGGGCCGUCCGCAGGGGAGUGCGCCUCAGCCCGACAGACCGCUGAGUCUGCCAAGCCUGCACGACGGUGCCGUGGUACCGGCAGCGUCCCCUUUCUCCCUUCAGCUUCAUCAGCAGUUGCCAGGGCAGUGGGGGCCCGUGCAGGGAGGCCCACAACCCUCAGGUCAGCAUUACUGGUCUGGUGCAGAAGGACCUGUUCAGAACACGAUGCCCCAUGCCUCCGGUGUUGCCCAGUUUCCCACUCCGUCCAACCCGCAUCAAGGUCCUGGCCACGAGCAACAGAGUCCCCUGGUGUCUUUACCAGGACCCUUGGUCAGUGAUGGAAGAAAUGAGGCAGUCUGUCUGCAAAGUGGAAACCACUCGGCAAACAACUUGGACCCUGAGAACACAUCCAGGCAGAACUCCAGAGCUGGGACUACUCGCGGAAGCCACGAGUUCAGGUCGAAUCCAGGAGUGAACAAGGAGCAGUUGCCAGACCUUGCUCUUGUCAAUCCAUUCGCUCAGGGAAAUAGCCCAGAAAGCCAUUUGCACUACCCCCCGGGGGCUGGGGGCAGCUGGACCCUGCCGGAAGUGGGCUCGGGAGCGCUCUCCAUGUUUUUCCAAGGAGGAGAGACAGAGAAUGAGGAGAACCUCUCAUCUGAAAAAACAGGCUCUGCUGCUCAGUCCGACUCAGAUGGUUUGUCCCCCAGCCUGGGACUCGGCCAUCCUCCUGCCCAUGUGGGAGCCAGAGGAACCUAUCAGCUCUUUCUCAAAGGUUCCAACAGCGAGACCACGCAGCAGGGAGAAGACAUGCAGUCUUAUUUUACCCAGUCUGCAGGCUUCCAGCAGGAUAAACCAGCCACUCAGAAUGCUGCUCUUGACGUGUGGGGUGAUGCAGCCAGCGCAGGGACUCACAACGCGGGCAGCUCCCAGUAUGAGAAUGUGGAAAACUUAGAGUUCAUGCAGAAUCAGGAAGUUCUUCCAAGUGAGCCCCAAAGUCUGGACCCUUCCUGCCCAGGCGAUCCGCUCAGAUAUGGACCCCUUCCCGGGCCAGCUGUCCCCAGACUCAGUGCUAUGGGCCACACUGGAAGCGGAGGCCCAAAUAUCGAGGCCCCAGAUGCAAUGCCACACCCCGUGCGAUCUGAUAGCACAUCCUCCAGUUACAGCGGCAAGAGCCCCCGGGGCCUUAGCAGUGCAGCCGCGUCCGACGACGCGGGGGGCACCUUCAUUCAGCAGGAGGUUGGAAAACCUGAAGAUGAGGCUCCGGGGGGUUUUUUUAAGCAAAUUGAUUCCUCUCCCAUCGGAAGCAAGACAGACAAACCCACCACAAGCCAGAACUACUGCAGCGGCCUGUCCCAGCCCUCAACCCCCAGCCCCCCAAAACCUACGGGCAUAUUUCAGACAAGUGCAAAUAGUUCUUUUGAACCCGUGAAAGCCCACCUCGUUGGAGUGAAACCGGUUGAGGCAGAUCGCGCCAACGUGGUGGGUGAGGUGAGGGGGACCAGCGCUCACCAGAAGCAGCGCAGACCAGGCGCUGCCCCGCCUGACGCCUCCCCGGGCAACCUGGAGCAGCCACCGGACAACAUGGAGACCCUAUCCCUCCCCCAGCUCUGUGCCCUGCCUCUCACCACGCCUGCGGAAGCCAGUCAUGGGCUCCUGCACGCCAGGGCGCCGCCCUUGGAAAGUGUGCUUCCAGCACCUGAGAAAAGGCCCUCGACCAGGGCUCAAGGAGCUGGGAAGUGUGAGAGCCCAGCCACUACUCUGUGGGCGCAGAAUGAGCUGCCAGAUUUUGGAGGCAAUGUCCUCCUAGCCCCAGCUGCUCCCGCACUUCACGUGCCUGCGAAACCUCGGCCACCUGAAGUCAUCCAGCCUCCAGACGAGGGGUUGUCUGGUCGGCAGUCCCGGCAGCCUGUCCCCAUCCCUGUCCCCACCGUGCAGAGCGGGGAUGCCAUUGGUGCUUCUGAGAAUCUCGAGAACCCUCCCCAGAUGGGCGAAGAGGAGGCCCUCCAGUCCCAGGCAAGUCCCGGUUAUGCCAGUCUUCUGUCCUCGCCGCCCACCGAGUCUUUGCAGAAUCAGCCAGUCUUGAUCGCCCAGCCUGAUCAAAGCUAUAGUUUGGCUCAGCCCACGAAUUUUCCUGUGUCCUUACCGAAUCCUAAUGAGAAGAAUCAUUCCUGGAGAGAUUCAUUGGUGGGAGACAAGGCCACAGUAGGCAGCCGAGCUGUCGGGGGAGAUUCUGGAGAAAACACUGCUUUGUCUGGGGCUCUGGCUGGCUCUCUCUUCUGCCCGCCUCUGCCUCACAAUCUUGCCCAGAGUAAUUCCCCACAAGUUUCUGGUACCUCUGAAAUGGUUUCUAACCUGCCAGCCGAUUUGGUGAUUCAACUGUCGUGUCAUCCAACUCCAAAGAACUUGCUUCCAGAAAGUCAGAAGACUGAAAAUGCAGAGAACGUGCUUCCCGAGUUAGUUAAUGGUCCUGGGGGAAGCACCGGCGUGAUGUUAGUACCACCUGCAAACGGUGCCUCGGUACCCAGUAGUAAUAAGGCAGAUCACCCCAGUAACCGGGAUGGAACUUCAGGAGCACUAGACUGCUCUCUAACUAGGACUUUGGAAAAUCCUGUGAGAAUGUAUAGCCCGUCCCGUUCUGAUGGCCCAGUUCCUGGUCAGCAAACCAUCGCCAGUCAUCCCAGACCACCUGAGCCUGGGCCGCAUACCCCAGACCAUUUCUACCAACAGGUGAUGAAAGAUGCUCAGGACCAGCACAGCCUAGAGGGAGCCCAGCAGGGGCCAGUGCCACCUCCGCCCCUUCCACCGGCUCCCAAAGCAGCACUUUCAGAGCCUCCAGACCCAGGAAGUCCCCUAGCGCAAGGACAGCCCCAGAACUCAACCCAUCCUCCUGCAAGUCCGUCUCCAGCCGACGCGGGCCAGCAGCUGCUGCCUCGGCCACCUCGGUCCUCCAGCGCGUCCGUCGUGUCCACCAGUUCGAGCCAGGCAGCCGCGCGGUCAGACCAGCAGUGGCCACAGCAGCCGCCUCCAGACCUGGCAUCCUACUACUAUUACAGGCACCUGUAUGACGGCUUCCAGUCCCCGUACCCGCCGGAUCCUGGCCCCGCUCCCCACUACUACCAGGAUGUCUAUGGCCUGUACGAUCCCAGAUACAGGCCCUACGACAGCGCGACAGCCGCCUACGCAGACAGCUACCGCUACCCCGAGCCCGAGCGGCCCAGCUCCCGCGCGAGUCACUGCUCCGACCGGCCGGCUGCCAGGCAAGGGUAUCCUGAAGGUUACUAUCAUUCCAAAAGUGGAUGGAGCAGUCAGAGUGACUACUAUGCAAAUUACUACUCCAGCCAGUACGGUUAUGGAGCUCCUGGUCGCUGGGAUCGGUACCACUAUGGUUCUCAGUUCAGGGACCCCCGCUCCUACGACCGGGGGUAUUGGUACAACACUGAACGCGACGCAUACAGGAAGGAGAGCUGUGCUUAUGGUGACAGGCCCGAGAAGUACGACGACCAGUGGAAGUAUGACCCUCGCUUCACCGGGAGCUUCGACGACGACCCCGAACCCCACAGGGAGCCCUAUGGCGGAGAGGCGGACCGGCGCAGCGUCCACAGCGAGCACUCAGCGCGCAGCCUGCGCAGCCGCAGCGGCAGCUUCAGCUCCCAGUCGCAGCAGAGUCAGAUUUACCGAAGUCACAACAUGACGGCUGGUUCCUACGAGGCACCCCCUCCACCAGGCUCCCUCCACGGCGACUACGCCUACAGCACCUAUGGCGGCAGUCUCCACGGUGCCCUGGGCUUCCCGGAAUACAGCUACCCCGCCGAUGCCGGCUGGCCCUCCGUGGAGCACGCUCCAUCAAGACCAACGUCUCCUGAGAAGUUCUCAGUGCCUCAUAUCUGUGCCAGGUUUGGUCCUGGGGGUCAGCUCAUUAAAGUGAUUCCGAAUUUGCCUUCGGAAGGACAGCCUGCAUUGGUUGAAAUUCACAGCAUGGAGAUCUUGCUGCAGCACAGGCCGGAGCAGGAGGAGAUGCGGUUGUUCCCAGGACCUCUUGGCAAAGAUGACACCCAUAAAGUGGAUGUUAUUAAUUUUGCGCAGAACAAAGCUACAAAAUGUUUGCAGAAUGAAAAUCUAAUUGACAAAGAGUCUGCAAGUCUUCUUUGGAGCUUUAUUGUUCUGUUAUGCAGACAGAAUGGGACCGUGGUGGGCACGGACAUCGCGGAACUGUUGUUACGAGACCACAGAACCGUGUGGCUUCCUGGGAAGUCACCCAGUGAGGCCAACCUGAUUGAUUUCACUAGCGAGGCCGCGGAGCAAGUGGAGGAGGAGGAGUCGGGGGAGGCCCAGCUCUCGUUUCUCACUGACAGUCAGGCCGCCACCUCCCUUGAGAAAGAAACGGAGAGGUUCAGGGAGCUGCUGCUGUACGGCCGGAAGAAGGAUGCUUUAGAGUCUGCGAUGAAGAACGGCCUGUGGGGUCAUGCCCUGUUACUGGCGAGUAAGAUGGACAGCCGGACGCACGCCAGAGUCAUGACCAGGUUCGCCAACAGCCUUCCAAUCAAUGACCCUCUGCAGACAGUCUACCAGCUGAUGUCGGGGCGGAUGCCAGCUGCGUCCACGUGCUGUGGAGACGAGAAGUGGGGAGACUGGAGGCCACAUCUUGCGAUGGUUUUAUCCAACCUGAACAACAACAUGGACGUGGAAUCCAGGACAAUGGUCACGAUGGGUGACACCCUAGCUUCCAAAGGCCUCUUAGAUGCGGCGCACUUCUGCUACCUCAUGGCCCAGGUUGGAUUUGGGGUUUAUACCAAGAAAACCACAAAACUUGUCUUAAUUGGAUCAAACCACAGUUUGCCGUUUUCAAGGUUUGCAACCAACGAAGCUAUUCAGAGGACAGAGGCCUAUGAGUACGCUCAGUCCCUCGGGGCGCAGACCUCCUCCCUGCCUAGUUUCCAGGUGUUUAAGUUCAUCUACUCCUGCCGCCUGGCUGAGAUGGGGCUUGCCACGCAGGCCUUCCACUACUGCGAAGUGAUCGCCAGGAGCAUCCUGCUGCAGCCGCACAGACACUCCCCGGUGCUGCUCAGACAGCUGGUACAGGUUGCCUCCCAGUUACGCCUCUUUGAUCCUCAGCUGAGGGAGAAGCCGGAGGAGGAGUUCUUUGUGGAGCCUGCCUGGCUGGCCGAGCUGCGGCGGGUGGAGAAGCAGGUCCAGGAGGGCACCGUGGUGUGGAGUCAGGACGGAACCUUCCCCCUGCGCUGUCCCAGCACCCCCAGCUCUGAGGCAGGGCAGUGUGACGGCCUGGCCCUCACUCAGCUGGCGGGCUUGGGCACCAACAACCCACUGCUGGUGCCGCCCGGGCCCAGCGCCGAGCACCUCAGCCAGGACGUGUGGCUGCUGCCCUCAGCUCCGUCGAUGCUCCCUGACAGCCAAUCGGCCAUCCCCGCCAGGGUGCCGAUGUUCCCAGUGCCACAACCCAUGGGCCCAGUCGAGCCGGGCCCUGGCUAUGGACCCCCCGGGCCUGCACUUGGCUUUCCAGAGUCCCCAGGGCCUGAUCCAGCUGCUCUGUACCCGGGGCCUGGCCUGCCGCCUGGUGCACCACCUCUCCAAGAGAGUGACCACCUGCUCCCGGACCCCAGGAGCCAGGUCCCAGGAGCGAUGCCGCAAGAUGGUCCCUGUAGAAGCUCACUUCUGGAGUCAAGAGAAGAGGAUUUUGGUGGAAAAUUUGCUCAUAUGGGCCCUUCGAGGACACCGCUCAACUCCGAGGCGCCUCCAGCCUGGGAGGGUGCCGGCUCAAGGUCCCUGCCACCGUCUCCGUCCCUGACAUCGGCACCCGAGAUGAAGAGACCUGAACAGGUGGCCAAAAAAGAGACCAAGGAGCCUAAGAAGACUAGUGAAUCCUGGUUUUCUCGUUGGCUGCCUGGGAAGAGAAGGACAGAAGCUUACUUGCCAGAUGACAAGAACAAAUCGAUCGUCUGGGAUGAAAAGAAGAACCGAUGGGUGGAUGUAAACGAGCCGGAAGAGGAGAAGAAGGCUCUGCCCCCGCCUCCAACAUCACUUCCCAAGGCUCCGCAAGCUGCCCACCCUUGUCCCGGAGGGCCCCCCAGAGCCUCUGUGAACAUGUUUUCUAGAAAAGCAGGCGGCAGCAGAGCACGCUACGUGGACGUGUUGAACCCGGGCGGCCCUCAACGGAGCGAGCCAGCGCUGGCCCCCUCGGACUUCUUUGCUCCGCUUGCCCCCCUCCCGAUCCCAGCUCACCUGUUCGGACCACACCCAGAUGCAGAGGACGCACCACCUGCAGAGGGGGCUGGCAGGGAAGGGCAGGCACCAGCUGGGGGUCCAGCCAACCGAGAGUCUGCGUCAGAACCCAAGGUGUUCAGUUCUGCGGCCCCGCUCCCUGGUUCUGAACUGCCCCCCUCCAGAGCGGACGGCUCCCAGGGGGGAGAGCUUUCGCGCUGUAGUUCAAUGAGUUCAUUAUCACGUGAAGUCAGCCAGCAUUUUAACCAGGCUCCCAGUGCUCACACCCCUACAGGGGGCCCUCCCGGGGGAGCAGUGCCCUUCUACAACCCUGCCCAGUUUGCGCAGGCCUCUGCUGCCUCGGGAAGUUCAAGGACGGGAAGGAUUGGCCAGAGGAGAUACCCAGCAUUGAGCUAGAAUGGUCCGUCUGGAUUAGCGUUUGGAACCCUGAAAUUAUUACCCUCCACCGAGAGCUCAGGCCGAUUGCCUGCAACCUCUCUUCUGUUCCCAAAUGGACGGCCGUGAUUCAGAAGUACCUUCAUUUCCUUCUCACCACCUGUCUUUACACAGUAUCGCCAACAGUGAUUCCACACCUUUAAGAUGCUGAAUGACAAGAGUAAAUCUUUGACUCAGAAUCUUUCAUUCCUUUUAAGGAUCCAACAUUCUUAGUCAUUUAAGGAUGUUACACUAAGCAAAGCUGCAAACAUCUUGGCUACAGGAGGACCUUGCUUUUCCGUAACUAAGGCAUCUCUCAAAACCUAACAGUGAAUUAUUGCCAAGUCACCCCACGGGGUCCUUCAAGAUGCUAGAAGGAAGUGGUGGACCUCUGACUCAGAGGGAGGCGUUGACACCCACCCUACACGCAGAGGCAGUGGGCUCCCACGUCACUGUGGCUGAGCCUGGGAGGGCGUUCCUCUCAAAGGAAAUGUGGGGUUAAUUCAGCGAGUUCAGUCAGGCUCUGCGGGAGGCCUUGGUUACUGAAGUGCAUUUCUCUCUAGCAGAGCUGGGUCCAGCUUCACUUAACCUUCCUGAUCCGGCCUGUGAGGGGCUCCACGCAGCCGAAGGAGCUGUCUUUGCCCGUCCCUAGGGGCGGCUCCAUGGCGGGGAACGAGCCACAGGGAACUUGUGUUCUGACGUGACUGAGCCCAGCUAGUCAGCCACAUUAACACCUGGUCACUUGGGGGACUUUGAGGUACGUGUGCGUAGCCUGGUCAGACUCCCCGUCGGAAGCUCUGGGUCGCCGUGCUCCCCGAACCAGUCGAUGCGGGGCUUCCUCCUGGGCGGUGUUCACAGCACAGCCCCGCUGACUGGCUCCUCUCCCCUGGUUGACUUCAUAUAAGGAGUUGGUAACAUCUCGAAAAAAGUAGCUUAAAAUAAUUUCUUGACGGAAGCUCUGGAACCUGAUCUUUCUGCCCCUGAACUUCUCCCACACCGAGCUCCGGGGGAGCUAACGCGUCAGCUCUCGGCCACAUGAGGCCGCAAGGAAGACCUCCUCCUGUGGGCUCAGAGCUUUAAGGCUUCACCGACUGUUCCUAAAACUUCACAUUCUUGUUAAGUCUAAAGGGACUAAAGAAAAUAUUUAAAUAUUUAUAAAAAUCAUUAGGAAGUAAUUUCUGUAGAUCGCUGGGGGAACACGGUUGGUUGGAGUUUUAGACCCAACUCUGAGGUUGUGUGUGGACCCGGCAAGGUCUGCCUGUCUUCCAGGGUCACUUGUCACCUAGGAGAGACCCACAGUGGUUUCCAGAAUGCGUCACAGAUCUGUGACUGAUCCAUAUUCCUGUCACCUCGCUGACAGGCAGUCUGCCGUGUCCCUUGGUCAGCGCUCCGUUUCAUUCCUGGGACCUGAGACCCUCCUGGCACCAUCAGCUCCCCCGUCAGCCCUGCCCAUCAUUCUCUGUCGACUGCCAGUGACUUUUGACUCAAGAAGCUUCCUCUGAGGCGGGAGCUGCUAUUUUUCCUAAAUGCAAAUUGUUACACUGCAAAUUGUUAAAUAAAAUAUUUUGCUCUCUCAA